ACACUCCAAAAUUCUGUACCUUGUGCCGACCAUUAUUUCAUCAUCAUCAUAUAUACACAGACAACAAAUCUCUGCUGAUUUCCCAAAGGAACCAUAUUCUCAUCUUAUUCCAAGAAUCCCACCACCUCCACCAACGCCACUAUAAACACCUCACUACUAUAAACCACCUCAAAACCAAACACACACUACAAACUCAUAUAGAGCCGAGAGCCCGAGAGAGGGUACUUCAGUACGUUAAGAUCGAGUUGUGUGAUUCUUCAUCGAUCUGGACGCAAACCCCAGGUCAUAGUUAAUUGGCUUCUUUCUAGCUCGAUGAUGAACGCCCACAGAAUGAGAAAGAGCAGAGGUUUCAGGCUGAGAGUACACAAGCUGGUCAAGAUCUUCAAAUGGAUAGUCCAUCGACCCAGAAGAGAGCCGGUCCGGUACCAGAGGCUGCAAUCCACGACGUCCAGAAGUACGUACAACCCCGUUUCCAAAUUCUUGACCUUGGCAAGGUCUCUUCGACGUGGAGCCAAGCAGCUGUGUUUUCCUAAUAACUCGGGUUACAUGCGGGUUGGACAGUCCCCGGAUGAAGCGAAACCGGUGGUUGUUCCGAAGGGACACAUGGCCGUGUACGUGGGGGAGUCCGACGACGACACGCAGAGGUACUUGGUGCCUGUCAUAUACUUCAAUCACCCGCUGUUCGGGGAGUUGUUGAAGGAGGCUGAGAAGGUUUACGGGUUCAACCAUCCGGGUCGGAUCGUUAUACCAUGUGAGGCUUCCGAGUUUGAGAAGGUGCAGAUGAGGAUUGCUGCAGGGGACCAUUGUCAACGGCGGAGGAGGACUAGUACCCGUCGCCAUUACUUUUGAUGAUAAUUUUCGCUAAAAUUCCGUUAAUGCAUGGUCCAAAUUCAUGAUGGUGAUUUUGAUUUUUGUUGCUUUGAAAGAAUAGUCAAAUAGAGGGGGUUUUCACCCUGUAUAUUGCUACU